AUGACUCCCUCUACUACUACCCCGGAUCUCGUUCCUGAGCCUGUCUCCAAGCUCCCCGAGCUCACCAGCGCGGACGAAUCCGCCUUAAACGAGCACCAGCGCUCUGAGAUUGCCUUUGUCGACAAAUACAGCGCCCCCGAUGUGUAUAUCAACGGAAAAAGCGAUACUCUAUGGUUCCCAUGGAUCGGCCCUAUUGAGUUGAAGCCCAUGCGCAUGGAGAACAGAACCGGUACCUUCGUCGUCGGGCUUCGAUCAAAGGUGGCUGCCAGUCUGGGCAAGCAUCGACAUCGUGGAACCGUUACCGCCAUCACCAUGUCAGGGGAAUGGGGCUAUAAAGAAUACGACUGGGUUGCUCGCCCUGGAGAUUGGGUAUGCGAAAACCCGGGCGUUAUCCACACCCUAUCCGUCGAGGACAACACCGAUAUUGUCUUUACCAUUACUGGUAGCAUUGAGUUCCUUAACGAUGACGAUAGCUUGAAGUUCACCCUGGAUAUAUUUAGCUUUGCCAAGCUAUAUUACGACCACUGCAAGGCUAAGGCUCUCAAGCCUAACGAGGCUCUGUGGCACUAA